CCCCCAGCUCCUCGGGAAGGGAGGAAUUUAGAAAAAAAGUUUCCCAGAAGUUUGGAUCAGAGGAAGGACGGGAAGACCUAGAGAGGAAGAGGGAGAGAGGGAGGAGAGAAAGGGAGAGGGAGGAGAGAGAGAGAAUUAAAAAAAAGAUGAAGUCCAGUCUGCACAGCCUGUGAGCGCCUGCCCUGGUGGGUGGGAAGCAGGACUCGGGCGCUCAUGCAGCGAGCGGGUGGCGCUCGGGGCGCUCGUUCCUAGCGGUUGGGACAGCUAGGGGCGUCGGUCCGAGCAGAGGGCGGGGGAGGGCGCAGGGGGAGGGUGCCGAGGACCCGCGGAGCCAACGCCUCAGUCUCGGCCUCCUAGCCGCCGCCUCUCCCGGGCCCUGCCCGGCGGGCUCUCGGAGCGUGAGGGCUCGGGCUGCUCCCUCUGUCGCGGGGGCGAGCGGAGGCCGGGGUGCGGGCGGCUAAGAUGAGUGAAAGGAGAAGAUCUGCAGUCGCCCUGAGCUCGCGAGCACAUGCCUUCUCUGUUGAAGCCCUGAUCGGCUCAAAUAAAAAGCGGAAACUGCGAGACUGGGAGGAGAAGGGGCUGGACCUGUCCAUGGAGGCGCUGAGCCCCGCGGGCCCACUCGGAGACACGGAGGACGCGGCCGCACACGGCCUGGAGCCUCACCCGGAUUCUGAGCAGAGCACUGGUUCAGACUCUGAGGUGCUCACCGAGCGGACUUCCUGCUCCUUUGACACUCACACUGACCUGGGCUCUGGUGCUGCAGGCCCCGUGCCUGCUGCCAUGUCUUCCAUGGAGGAGAUUCAGGUGGAGCUGCAGUGUGCUGACCUCUGGAAGAGGUUCCAUGACAUUGGAACCGAGAUGAUCAUCACCAAAGCAGGCAGGAGGAUGUUUCCUGCCAUGAGAGUGAAAAUCACUGGCCUGGAUCCACACCAGCAGUACUACAUAGCAAUGGACAUCGUACCUGUGGACAAUAAAAGAUACAGAUACGUGUAUCAUAGCUCCAAGUGGAUGGUGGCUGGCAACGCUGAUUCCCCUGUGCCCCCAAGAGUUUAUAUACACCCUGACUCUCUAGCUUCUGGAGAUACUUGGAUGAGACAGGUGGUCAGUUUCGACAAACUCAAGCUGACCAACAAUGAAUUGGAUGAUCAAGGACAUAUCAUUCUCCACUCUAUGCACAAAUACCAGCCUCGAGUUCACGUGAUUCGCAAGGAUUUCAGCAGCGACCUUUCGCCCACCAAACCUGUCCCGGUUGGGGAUGGAGUGAAAACAUUCAACUUUCCUGAGACCGUGUUCACCACAGUCACGGCCUAUCAGAACCAGCAGAUCACCAGAUUAAAAAUUGACCGAAACCCUUUUGCUAAAGGAUUCAGAGAUUCUGGAAGAAACAGAACUGGACUGGAAGCCAUCAUGGAGACGUAUGCGUUCUGGAGACCCCCUGUGCGCACGCUCACCUUUGAAGAUUUCACCACCAUGCAAAAGCAACAAGGGGGCAGCACAGGCACUUCCCCAACCACCUCCAGCACUGGGACACCAUCGCCUUCAGCUUCUUCUCAUCUUUUAUCUCCAUCCUGUUCUCCUCCAACAUUUCACCUGGCCCCCAACACUUUCAACGUGGGCUGUCGAGAGAGCCAGCUGUGCAAUCUAAACCUCUCCGAUUACCCACCAUGUGCCCGGAGCAACAUGGCUGCCUUGCAGAGCUACCCGGGGCUGAGUGACAGUGGCUACAACAGGCUUCAGAGUGGCACUGCUUCGGCCACUCAGCCCUCCGAAACCUUCAUGCCUCAGCGGACUCCAUCCCUGAUCUCAGGAAUACCAACUCCUCCCUCGUUGCCUAGCAACGGCAAGAUGGAAGCCUACGGUGGCCAGCUGGGGUCCUUCCCCACCUCCCAGUUUCAGUACGUCAUGCAGGCGGGCAACGCCGCCUCCAGCUCGUCCUCACCACACAUGUUUGGGGGCAGCCACAUGCAGCAGAGCUCCUACAAUGCCUUCUCUCUCCACAACCCUUACAAUCUGUAUGGAUACAAUUUCCCCACUUCCCCUAGGCUAGCCGCAAGCCCAGAAAAACUGAGUGCCUCUCAAAGCACUUUACUCUGUUCUUCUCCUUCCAACGGGGCCUUCGGAGAGAGGCAGUACCUGCCCACGGGGAUGGAGCACAGCAUGCACAUGAUUAGCCCUUCGCCCGGUAAUCAGCAGGCGACUAACACCUGUGACGGCCGGCAGUACGGGGCGGUCCCCGGCUCCUCCUCUCAGAUGUCCGUUCACAUGGUUUAGUGGCCAGUCCAAGCAGCACGGAGCCAACCGCAGCCAAGGCCCCAGAGUCUCCAUGGGCAGAUCCUCCUCUUUGGGAGCCUUUGAAAA